CGUAACAAUUCACAAUAAUUGAACCUUCAUUGAAGCUGAAUUCUAUAUAACCCACACGUCAUUACUAGAGUAACGCCAUCUUACCGCGUCGUUUAGCUGUCAAAGUGUGUUCAAAAUAACUGAACUAAAGCGAUUCAAGCACGCAUUUAUGUGGAAACUGUUAGUUGCGUAGCGAAUGUAUUGUGAAAGUUAAAACAAAAGAACUUUAAAAAAGAUCAAAAUGAAAACAUGCACAGCGCGUACACCACUACGGUGCAUUCCGAAAACCCCAAGGAGUCGCGCACAACAAACGGAACAUAUGGUAAACUCUGCGAAUAAAAUUAAAGAUCCUGUAAAUGUGUUUUGUAGAGUGCGUCCACUACAAUCAAGUGCGGAUCUAUCAAGUAUUCGUGUUAAAAAUAGUACGACCGUUGUAUUAACACCGCCUGACCAAAUAUUGCACAAACAAGGAGCGCAGCGUGAAAUGCAAUACAUAUUUAAGCAUGUAUUCGAACCAGAAGCCAAUCAAAAUGACGUUUUUGCUGCAGUUGCACAGCCGUUAGUGGAGAAUUUAAUUAAAGGGCGGAAUAGUUUAUUAUUUACUUACGGCGUUACAGGCAGUGGAAAGACAUAUACAAUGACUGGCGACUCACGCCACCGUGGUGUUAUGCCACGUUGUCUUGACACGCUAUUUAAAACUAUAGCAGAUUAUCAAACUAAAAAAUAUAUUUUUAAGCCAGAUCGUUUAAAUGGUUUUGAAAUUUUGUCGGAGGCAGAUGCGCUACUCGAACGUCAAGCUGAAAUGAAUAAACGAUUUGCCAGUAAUCGUGGUGGCAUACGUCGUAAAGAUUCAGACCCUGAAAUUGCAUCGCAAGCAUCGUGUGACGUGCCUCCCAUACAAGGAAUCGAUGAAGACAAUAUGUAUUCAAUAUUUAUAACAUACGUAGAAAUAUAUAAUAAUAGCGUGUACGAUUUGUUGGAAGAGGGUGGCAUUCAAAAGACUUUGCAAUGCAAAAUUAUUCGAGAGGACUCUAAUAGUAAUAUGUAUGUACAUGGAGUUACUGAAAUAGAAAUCAAAUCUGUCGAAGAAGCUUUGGAGGCAUUUCAUACAGGACAAAAACGUAAACGAAUGGGUCACACAAUACUUAACGCUGAGUCGAGCCGAAGUCAUUCAGUAUUUAAUAUACGUUUGGUACAAGCCCCGACAGAUUUUCAGGGUGAAAAUGUUGUACAAGACAAACGUAUAAUAACAAUUAGUCAGCUAUCAUUAGUCGAUUUAGCAGGUAGCGAACGAUGCUCAAGAACUAAAAACACAGGUGUGCGUUUACGAGAAGCCGGUAACAUCAAUAAUUCUCUAAUGACAUUACGUACAUGUCUGGAAUAUUUAAGAGAGAAUCAGUUGAGUGCAACUGGAGUACCAGUUAAAAAGAUCCCAUACAGAGAUUCAAAAAUAACCCAUAUGUUUAAAAAUUAUUUUGCUGGUGAAGGGUUAGUCUCAAUGAUUGUGUGUGUGAAUCCGCGGGCGGAAGAUUAUGAUGAAAAUAUGCAAGUAAUGAAAUUCGCUGAAAUGACACAAGAGGUUCAAAUAGCUCGAGCCACUCCUAUUAAACCAGAACUAGGUUUUGCACCUGGUCGUAGAAAUGCAAAUAAGUUAUAUAAAAUUGCUGUAAAUAACCUUAAUGAUUUGGGCAAUACUGAAGCUAAAAAGUUGGAUGUCGAUAUUGGUCUUGUCUAUACUCUUGGACCUGGAUUUCCAAACUAUAAGAUUGACAGCCCAGAAGGUGAUGCAGCUAUACAAGAGUUAAUGGAAUAUCUAUUACAAAGAAUAGAAAAACGUAAAAUACUUAGCAGUGAUUUAGAAAAUAGAUGUGACAAUUUCCGCUUGCAUUUAAUGCAAGUUGAGAAAGAAAAUUUGUCAUUGCAAACAGAAUUAGCUUCUAUAAAAGCAGCUUAUAAACAGGAACGUGAACGUAAUUUAGCGUUAGAGAAUAAAAUUAGAGUACACGAAAGUUCAAUUGAUGUACUAAAUAAUAAAGUUAGUAAACGUGAAAGACAAAUUGAUGAUUUAACUCGAAAAUUAAAUGAACAACAUAAUUUGUUGACACAAAAAGAUAAAGAACAACAAAAACAGAAAAAAAAAUUUGAAUCGAAGCUGGCCGUUGAAGGUGAUAAAAAGGAUCGUGAGCUUGAAAUAAAAUUAAGGGAACAGAGAACUAAACUGCAAGAAAAAAUGCGUUUAAAGGAUGAAAAAUUGCGACUGGUAUCUAAUAUUAUACAGUCUGAAAAUAUAGCCAGCUUGGUUCGCUCUAAUAGUUCCGAAAACUUAUUCGAAGCGAAAACACCGUCCACAAUGCAAGCAUCAGCACCUGUUGAUUCCGUUCAAGUAACUACAACGCGCACUGAUACGUAUUAUACACCCAGACAUGUUCGGGGUGCAGCUGCUGCUAAUAGUCGUCAUCGACGUUCAAGAUCUACUGGCGAACGAUGGAUUGAGCAUCGCGCACCUAAUCCUGUACCGUUAGGUACAAUUUUGCAACCUUAUCUCAAAAAUCGUAAAUCAAUUACAAAAUUAGCUGAAAUGAAAGAUCUUACUAGUCAUAAAGCGACCAAAUAUUGCCUUGUCUCACAGGAGGCAGACACAGAUGGUGAUGUUGAGACAAAACUCUACAAGGGGAAUGUUAUACCCACAUGUGGAGGUGGUGCACAAGUUAUAUUUGAUGACGUUGAGUGUCUGAAACAAAAAUCACCAGUACAUUCGCCCAAUAGAAAACGUCCAAGUACUGGUGAAAUAGUUUUCAGUCCAGGUGGCACAUCUGCAGUAUCAGGUGUUAUAAGUACUAAUUCUGUAAAUGAUGUUAACUCUCGUUGCAUUAUUGGUAUUGAAGGGCAUAAUAAUAAACGCUCUAAAAUGUAGUUUCUAUAAGUAAUAUAAUAUUUGGUUUGAAUAACUUCAUUUAUUUUUUAUUUGAAUUUUUUUUUGUUAUUGACAU